CCCUACUCUAGCUUUGAUACUAGUUUUUUUAUUUCCUACGCUAUCCAUUCUUACACGACAGUAAGUACAAAUCUUAAAUUCUCCUGGAUUGUCACUGGAGCAGCCAUGCGAUCCCGUGGGUUGUCACUGAGGCAGCUAAGACAAAGCUCGGGGUGCCACUUUGAGCAAUCAAAACAUGAGAUACCCAAAGCUAUGAUGGAAAUCAUUGGGUAGAAUACCAGAAUAAUCUUGAUGUGUAGUCUAGGACUCUUCUCAGGGCAAGCUGGUGAUUCGCCCAUGGCGAGCUGCUGUCACCACCCCACCGGAACUAACUCUCCGACCGAUCCUCAUCCUACCCUCCCGACAUCUUCUCCGAUACUAACCUCCAGAUACCAUGUCCUUCAGAGGCUCUCCAUUCGACCAACCCCAGGCGGGCUUUGACGGCCGCGCCACCCACUCUCCCCAACAGCAGUAUUCAGCUGGGUUCGCUGGCUCCGCCGCUCCCGCCUCUGCGCUCGACAAUGCUGUGGAAAAGUUUGAAAAGUUUGCAGCAGUGAUUGAAUCCAAGGUGGACACGUACACCGGCCCAAUCAAGCCGUACGUACCAUCUAUCGCGCGUUUCCUCAUUGUCGCAACUUUCUACGAGGAUUCCUCGCGUAUUGUCACGCAGUGGAAGGACCAGGUUCUUUACUUGAACAACUAUAAGGGCAUCCCGUGGUUCAUUGUGGUCGUUUUCUUGAUGCUCAAUGUCGUCGUCAUGGUUAUUGCCUCCACGUUCCUGAUCAUGCGCAAGCAGGAGAAGUACACCAUCCCGGCGCUCGUGGGUGUUAUCGUGUCCCAAGGCUUGUUCUACGGCUUGAUCUUUGACUAUUCUUUCUUGUUGCGUUCGCUCUCGGUCAUGGGUGGCUUGUCUAUUACCUUUUCUGACUCUAUCAUCCGUGACAAGCGCUCUUUGGCGAUGCCUGGCUUGCCAAUGUUGGAGUACAAGGACAACAGAAAGUACUUUUUGCUCGCUGGUCGUUUGAUGUUGUUGUUGCUCUUUGUCGGGUUUUUGUUUGCCGGUAAGCUCACCUUCAUCCGUUUGUUCUUGAAGCUUGUGGGUGCCAUCUGCUGUGUCUCUGUAGCUGUUGGGUACAAGACCAAGUUUGCUGCCAUUGGCUUGUGCACCUUGUUAUUCUUCUACAACCUCAGUGUCAACCACUACUGGAGCUACGACUACGUUGAUGCGACUAGAGAUUUGUUGAGAUAUGAGUACUUCCAGACGUUGUCGAUUGUGGGCGGGUUGUUGAUUAUUGUCAACACCGGUGCGGGCGAGUUCUCCAUUGAUGAGAAGAAGAAGACAUACUAAGCGGCACACUGAUGGCUACAGCAGUCGAGAGCCUACCGGCAAAGCCCCCUGGAUGGUCAUAUUAAGAACUCCUUUUUUCUUAGUUUUGUCUCAUUUCUGAAAUUUCCCGGUCUCCUACACCCUGAAUUUGUUUCUACAAAUUUCUGCACCUCUAUUAAUAAUCUCGGAUCUAGCUAUCCCUGUGAGAGGUUUUUUUUUUUUU